UCAGUAGGUGAGUCAGUCAGGGGGAGUAGAGUCUAAGUGGUGAGGAGUGGAACCGUUGUCUGGUUGUGCAGCUUCCACCAUGGUUGACACCCGUACUAGGAAGAGUAUUGCCCCCUCUGAGGUCGAGCAGGCCCGGAUUGCCGCCCUUCUGAGAGAAAAGAAAGAGAAGAGGGAACUCCUGAAGCAGGCGAAGUUAAAAGCCAUUGAGGAGGAGGCGGCGAAGAAGAAGAAGAGAUUGGAGGAGGAGAUGAUGAGAGUUCAAAAGGAGAAGUUGAUGUUGAUAGAGAAAGAGAAAGAACAAAGGAGGAAGGCUGCAGAGGAAGAAGCAGCCAAAGAGGAGGAAGAAGAAAAAGAAGAACCCCUUGAGAGAAGACGCAGAGAGGAGAGAGGGGAAGUAAGUGGCACGAAGGAGGAUGACAGAUGGAGGGAGAAGAAGAUCAGCGAAUGGGUGGCUAAUUUAUCGUUAGGAGAAGAUGAAGAGGCACAGUUGUAUGUGCCGCAUGAGGAGAGGGAGGCGUUCGCCAGGGCAUUGGAGAUGAUAGAGGACCCCCUGGAACGCCAGGAGACAGAAGAUGAAAAGAAGUUGGAGUGGAAGCUGAAACUGAUGAUGGAGAAGAAGAGGAGGGAGGAAGCCAGUAGAAUAGCCGAGGAGGUUGAGCGUGUACGAACCGGCAGGCAGGAAUUACAGGCCCAAACAGAGGUCUCUGCCAAAUUGGAUAAGGUGAUGGGCUUCCUAGAGAUUCUGAGUGAGGCCUGGCUAGAAGAGCACCAGGCCCGUAAGGGCCAAGACGUGACUCUGCAAGCGACGCGAUCUGGGCUUAGGGCGUUUGCGAGUGACGUGGUGGGCCACGUCGGGGCUGAGGUUAGGAGACUGAGGGAUGGCGUAGACAAGUUCGGCGCUGGUGCCAUCGAGACUGCCAAAGUUGUGGCCACGACAGAGGCCACGACUCGCCCCCGCAAAGAACCACUGCUAAGGCUGCAGACGACCCAUUCCCUGACGCAGAUCAAGCGACGGCAUCAGAGAUUCUACAGCCAGGUCUUCUCACCAAAUGCAGAUGGUGAUGGCACUGCUACGAAGGGGGGAGCUGAGCUUCUGUCUGCACUUACUGCGGUUGUGCCCAGUGGGCCUGGUGGGCGGCAGAGCACGAUAUCCGGCGAUGGUCAUUAUCCCACGGUGCAGUAUGGGUGGAGAAAGAGGGGAUCAGGAGAGCUGGAUAUGGCCUUCCCCCAUGCAAACUUUCAGGGGGCGCCGGUCCAGCGGGCAGAGCCAACAACUGUUGGACGGGUGUUGGAAAGCGGUAGUGAGAAGGAGGCGAUGCAUGUGCAACAAUGGGGAAGCCCAGGGGUGUACCACGCCAUUCAAGAAGGCCACCAGAAAGAAGGAAUUCGUUCGGACCAAGACUCCGUCACCAGUGCUUUCCAAACAAAAACCCAGCUUCGAGAAGGGGAAACAACUAGUGCUCCUGUGCCUGCAGUGAUGGAGGUGGCAUCAACUGCGACACUGAUGGAGCCUUCUGGAGAUGGAGCAGCAGCUGGAAUGCCAGACCCUGGUGGUCCUGGGACUCUGGCAAAACGUCAAAGCAUUUCGAAAGUACCCCUCCUCACCAUGCCGCGAAGGGCAUCCGUUCCAGUAUCUGUGGGAAGGGCACCUUUGGCGGGACAAGUCCGAAGGAUGUCCGUUCCACACUCAAUGAAAAUGGCGAUGGCGGCGAGAGAAAUCCAAUCGCAUACUCCAUCUCCAAUUCAAGAAAUCAGCUUGCAAAGGGAGCUUGAAGAUAUGUCGACAUCAUCAUCGUCGUUAUCUUCAUCUUCAGGAGACUCCGUACACAUUUCUCCAAUAUCAAAUAACAACCACCAUCAAGAUCAGCAGCAGCAGCAGCAGCAGCAGCAGAAGGAACAGCUGAAGCAGGAGCAGGAACAGCUGAAGCAGCAGCAGCAGCAGCAGGAGCAGGUGAAGCAGCAGCAGGAGCCGCAGCGGCAAGAUACCAAUGAAACAAAUAAGGGGACUCCGAGGGUGAAGGUGGUGAAGCGUGUGGUCACAAGGCGUGUGCAAAGUGUGGACAUAGGUGUAGGGACUGAUGGAGACCUGCUGGAUCUCGAUCGCGACUUGCAGAAAGAGGUUGAUGACUUUGUCUUUGGAUCAUACGAGUCGUUCUUCUAUGACCGGAACAUGGGCAAAAAGGGUGUGGGCGGUAAUGCAAGAACUCGGCGCUGGUCUGUGCCCCCUUCUUUUGGUCAGGAGGACCAUAGCUUGAACAUGAAGGUGCCAGUUAUGGAAACGAGGCGUUUCUCUGCUCCUGUGAUUGGGGCUGGUCAGGAUGGUUUGGUUUUCAAUCAAAAGGGUCCAGGUGUGCAAACAAGACCUUUGACUAUGGCUGAUGCCACUGCGAGAGGAAAAGAUGGUCCCUUCAGGAAGGGCACUGGCGUGGAGCCACAGUUAUCGCCCCGUGGCACCAAGCAUGACAAUACAGACUUAAGGACCAAAGGCUAUGGUGGAGAAACAAAGCGCUUCUAUCUGAGCAGCAAGGAGUCCGUGGAUACAGUGCAGCAAAAAGCCAUUGUGAAGGAGCGACAGGAGAAUGAGGACAUGGUUGGGGGAAAGCUGGAUGAAGUCCACCAUGUAGAUCUGGUCCACGAGGCUGUGUCUCGCGUGAUGACAUACACACAGAUUCUUGAAGGGAUGGGUCUUGGGGAAGACACCGUUGAUGAUGUCUCUACAGAGAGUGAAAUGGAAACCCCUCGCAGGUGGACAAGGUGGGGGUUUUCAACCCCACGUUGGCAGAGGAGAAGGAGAAGCUCGAUCGAUAGUGAGACCAACAAGCUUGUUUCACAUGCCAGCAACACCAUAAAACAUGCACGUUCACUGGUAAGUGUCCUUAAGGAUGAGAAUAGGGAACUGGAAGAGGAUACGGUGAACUUACAGCAAAUUGCAAAUGGUCAAUGGAGGGAGAUUGAAGCAGCAGCUAGGUUGGAGGCUAAAAAUGGAACGAAGAGGAGAGUCAUUCUGCCCUGUCGUUGGAAUGAUAAACACUCAGACUGGGAGGUGGCAGUUCACCAAUCUCUGCAAUUGGUGACAGCCCCGAUUAGUGUUUGCGUGGGCAAGGAACUGCAGAACCUGAUUGGGGAAGGGGUGCCGUCUCAAGCAUAUGCAUUGGGAGAUAGGAGGGAAUACUCCAUGGAAUUAGGGGAGGAAGGAGGAGAGGAAGCAGCUGCGGACUUCAUACCGUUGCUUUUGCAUAUGCAGGCCAAAUUAGAACUCAAGGAUGGAUUGAUUUGGAUGCCUUGGCAGGUGUUGGAAACCAUUCCCUAUGGGUUGCUUGGGGGCGAAGUGGUAGCAGAAUGGGCAGCUCGGUGUGCUGCAGUUGCAGUAAGGGUUGACGCCUUUGCUUGGAAGCCGGAAUUCCUAGAGAAGAGAAUAUCGUCAGUCAAGCACCUCUGGGAAGAAGGGGAAAGGAGAUGGAAAACGGUUACAGAAAUGAGGAGACAACUGAAAGGAUGUCACAAGCUGCAGGAAAAUCUGGGAAUGAUCAUAGAAGCCAUACCGCAAGCAUGGAAGCAUUUGCUGCUGGCCGGAAAACAAUGGGGCAUGGGGGAUUGGGCCACAUGGGAAGAUGAUAAUGAACCCAAAGAGGUCUUUAGAAUAUGGGGCAUGGAAAACUCCAGGCCCGAUUGGCUAAUAGCAGAUAAGUACGAAAUACUUCAGCCGCGCAACACCACAUCCCAACUAGAUAUGUCAACCAAAGUGCAGUUGUACAUUCUUAAACAUUUUUUGAGGAAGGUGAGAGUGAAAGAGACAGAGGAGUUUACGGUGUACAAUUCAACAGUGGCAAUUGAGGAACUGGAAGUAGAUCCGGUGGAAUGGGCAUGGAACAUUAGAAGUGGUCAAACAAGGGUAUCCAGGACAAUAAACAUUCUACAUUACACCACAAGAAUAGGGUACAGAUUGAGGAACCGAUCUUAUUCCAUGUUAUCGACUCUGCUCAAGCGAUGGGAGAAGAGAGUGGGGGUCCCCAGAGGUCAAUUGCCAAAAAUUCCUUGGGCAAACAUAGGGAACAUAAGGCUGGGUCAGGUCAGGAGUAUGCAGUGGCUAAUAGCCCAUGUGGCGCUCCCAGUCAAUGUCUGGCUCAAUGAAAGGAGAAGCCACAGGCAGAGGAGUGUGGAAAAUGAGAUGUGCAGGGUAUGCCAAGAAGGAAUUCUAGAAACAAUGCUGCAUCGCCUGAUGGAGUGCGCAGAGGCAGUGGCGAUGUGGGACGAAGCCAGAGGGAUCUGGAGUCAAGUAGCUGGGAUUGCCUUCCCAGGCUCAAGGAUCGCAUUGCUCUUGGGUGUGGGGGUGCCCAAGCAGUGGCAAACCUUUCAGAGGCAUAUCUUUCAGUUGUUACGCCAAUAUGGUCUCUGGACCAUUUGGAAACGACGAUGCCAGGCUACAAUGGAGGGAACAUUAAUGCACAGGCAGGAGGCCAGGGAGAUUUUCCUCACGCUCACUGAAACGCAUCUCAAGGCCCAGAGGAAAAGGGUGCGACAGCAAGCACGACAACAACCAGAGCGAGAAGAGGAGAUCAUGAAGAGAUUCAAGCAGAACGUACUAGGACAAGGGGCAGUAGCAAACAUUCAAGGAGCACAACUGGUGUUUAAAUCGAGAGGGGGUGUGGAGGAUAUCAGGCCAGGAGGAUAGGGAGGAAUAUAGGGUUUAAGAAUCGAAAAAGGAUUCAGGGUUUAAAGGAAUAUUGUCAGAAGGGAUGGACAAAUAAGAGAUAAUGAAAAUGAGAAAGGUUG